AUGCUCUCCCUAGUGCGCCGCCGCCGCCGCUGCCUCCUCGCCGUCCCCUUCUCCACGCUCCCCGCCCCCGCCCCCACGCUGGACGCGGCGGCGGUGCUGGAGACGCUCUCGCUCUACACCAACGACUGGCGCCGCGCGCUCGACUUCUUCCACUGGUCCGCCUCCCCCGACGGCGCCAACCUGCCGCCCACCCCCUCCACCCUCUCCCGCGCCGUCGACAUCCUCGGCAAGCACUUCGAGUUCCCGCUCGCCACCUCCCUCCUCCUCGCCCACCACCACCCCGCCGACCCCUCCUUCCUCCGCCCCGCCCUCCGCGCCCUCCUCAACCGCCUCGCCGCCGCCAACCUCGUCGACGACGCCGUCCGCGCCUUCGACUCCACCGCCCACUCCCUCGGCCUGCGGGACGAGGCCUCCUUCCACCUCCUCCUCGACGCGCUCUGCGACCACCGCCGCGUCGACGAGGCCCACCACCUCUGCUUCGGCAGGGCCGCGCCGCCGCCAUUCCCGCCGGGGACCAAGGCCCACAACCUGCUCCUCCGCGGCUGGGCCAAGACGCGCGCCUGGACGCGCCUCCGCCAGCACUGGCUCGACAUGGACACCCGCGGCGUCGCCAAGGACCUCCACUCCUACUCCAUCUACAUGGACGCCCUUGCCAAGUCGGGGAAGCCGUGGAAGGCCGUCAAGGUGUUCAAGGAAAUGAAGCACAAACGCAUUACGGUGGACGUCGUCGCUUACAACACCGCGAUCCACGCGGUUGGGCUCGCGGAAGGCGUAGAUUUCGCGAUCCGGCUCUACCGGCAGAUGAUUGAAGCUGGUUGCAAGCCGAAUGCUGCCACUUUCAACACGAUUGUCAAGCUGCUGUGCAAGGAAGGGAGGUUCAAGGAAGCGUAUGCGUUUGUUCCGCAGAUGCACAAGGCCGGCUGUGCGCCCAACGUGCUCACUUACCAUUGCUUCUUCCAGUAUCUGACUCGCCCGCAGGAGGUCCUUGGACUGUUUGAGAAAAUGCUUGAGAGGGGUUGCCGGCCGAGAAUGGACACCUAUGUCAUGCUUAUAAAGAGGUUCGGGCGAUGGGGCUUCCUUCGCCCAGUGUUCUUUGUAUGGAAGACAAUGGAAGAACAAGGGCUCACUCCAGAUGCGUUUGCGUACAACACACUCAUUGAUGCAUUGCUGGAAAAGGGAAUGGUGGAUAUGGCUAGGAAGUACGAUGAGGAGAUGCUCGCAAAGGGGCUCUCACCCAAGCCAAGGAAAGAGCUAGGGACUAAGGUGCCAGGAGCAGACUCUGACAGUGAUAAUGCGUUGGGUGGAGUGUUUUGAGUUAUGGCCCCUAGACAGGAAAAGUGGUAUUAGCAUGCUCAUCCACCCACUGGUUAGGAUUGCACCAUUGGAGGAUCGUUCCGUGAUUGAAAUAAUGAUCAGUCCAUGGACUUUACAUUGAAAUAAACCGGAAUUUAUAGGUAAAUUUGCCCUUCCCAUCAAUUGUCCAACAGCUCUUCCCUUAGAAAGCAUACAGAAGAGGGGUUGUUUGUUGUGCUGACACCUGAGUUGAGGAAGGACCUGACGACUAAGUGGCUGGGACUGAGUUGGGCUGUUAGCCUGCUUCAUCAUAUUAAUACAUCGAAUCAUGUAUUCAGGGAGCUGGAGAGGAAUAUCUAUAUCGGAGGUAUAGAGGAAAUUAUGUGCUCCUCGGUAUAUUAUUAUUCUGGCUGCCUGCAACGAUGAUGCAUCGAUAUGUCUCUCAAGGCAAACAAUCUUGUCCCAAUGGGCAUUUAAUCAUACACUCUACGCUGAAGUGAAAUGUAAUCAGUGGUAGUGGUGCUCUAAUAUUCUCACUGGGUCAGGAAGCUAUGGGAGGAUGUGCAACACAUCUCAUGUUGUGAUGAAAGCUUAGAAUAACACAAUAUUACCAUGCAUACAGAAAAUGUGAAGCUUGCUAUACAAAUUACAGUAAAUUUGUAUCCAGUUCUCUGGCAAUCAAACAGAACUCCAGCCACGAUGGUAAACCAAGGAUGUGAAGUGACAUUCAUUUGGGAAGAUUGCCGUCAAUGUCAGAGAUCAGGCACAUUAUUACUUGAAAAAGAAUGUAUCUUAUGCGGCAUUCUGUAUCUAAUUUCAGACGACUAUCAAAGUGCAGGGAGCAGUUAUCUAAUCCCAGGCAAGUGCCAUUCAAGGAGACAAGGACGGGGGAACAGCUGUUAUGAUUGGGGUUCGUUCUACAAGAGUUUCUAUGCUGAUGUGCGUCUGCAAGUGGCCUGUAGUGACCCUGUGAAAAUUCCUAAAGAAAGGAUUAUGGAGAUUGUACAGAAAAUGUAUCUAUUGAAGUAUAA